GGUCUCGAGGUUACCUGACUUUCGAGCUCUCUCCUCGCUUCAGCUGCCUACCAGAAGCAACCUCCUCUCCAACACAAAGCUCCCCAAGCUUCGAUCCUUUCUUUUCCCUCGAUUCAUUUCCUGUGUACAUGCAGAACGAAAUAACCUCGAGUCUUUAUCCGCAUCUUACCUGGUAGUCCUCGAGCUCAUCACCAGGCGCAAAUCGAAGGCCUCUGGCCAAACACUGUCCGACACCGCAGCCAUGGCGGCUCACCCGCCUCCGUCCUCGUCGUCGUCACCGAGACGAUCGAGGACGGGCGAUAAAGUCGUAGGAUCCUUCAGCAUCGAAGAGGAGAUAGGCAAAGGAAGCUUUGCUACGGUCUACAAGGGCACUCAUGCAACCACCGGAGCUCUUGUCGCAAUCAAAUCCGUCAAUCUCUCGAAGCUUAACAAGAAGCUCAAGGAGAACCUUUACUGCGAAAUCGAGAUUCUCAAGGGUCUUCACCAUCCUCACAUCGUUGCACUGAUCGAUUGUCGAGAAUCGCCAACACAUAUACACUUGGUGAUGGAAUACUGUGAGCUGGGUGAUCUUUCAUACUUCAUCAAGAAGAGAGAUAGGCUUGCCGAUAAUGCAGCAUUGAAGGACAUGGUUAGGAAAUACCCAAUGCCACCAGCAGGAGGAUUGAACGAAGUCAUUGUGCGACAUUUUCUCAAGCAACUUGCGAGUGCGAUGGAAUUCUUGAGAGAACGAAAUUUCAUCCAUCGAGACGUCAAGCCGCAGAAUUUGCUAUUGCUUCCAUCACCCCAAUUCCUGGCACAGUCAAAGGAUAGGCGGUUGGUCAUGAGCGCCAGCAGAGAGGCUAUGGUACCUAUCGUAGGUCUCACGUCCUUGCCAAUGCUGAAGAUUGCCGAUUUUGGAUUUGCUCGAUCUCUUCCCUCGACGUCCCUAGCCGAGACAUUAUGCGGUUCUCCAUUGUACAUGGCUCCAGAGAUCCUGCGAUACGAGAAAUACGAUGCCAAAGCCGAUCUUUGGUCGGUGGGAACGGUCCUCUUCGAGAUGAUGACUGGACGACCACCUUUCCGCGCAAAUAACCAUGUAGAAUUGCUCCGCAAGAUUGAGCAGAGCGAAGAUCACAUUCGUUUUCCUAAGGAGGCUAUUUUGAGCCCACCAAUGAAGGAAUUGAUUAAGGCACUCUUGAAGCGUACACCAGUCGAGCGGUUGCCUUUCGAGAAUUUCUUUAGACAUCCAGUUGUAGUCGAUCCAAUUCCUGGGCUGGUGGGUGAUGAUCGACCUGCAGAACUUCGAGUAUCCAACAAAGCAACAAGCGAUCUCCAACGCAAGCAAACUCGAGCAGAGUCAAAAUCUGCUGAUCAAGACAUGGAAAGAAUACCAUCAUCAGGCAGUGGUCGACGAGUGGCAGCUCAGACUGACUCUCCCAUAUACUCUUCAUCACCACGCAGCAAACCAGUACCAUCAUCGCCGAGACCACGAAGUACAGUUCCUGUUCAACAAGUUGGAACACCGCCCCAACCAGUUGUUCGACCAGCUUCGCGUGAGAAGCGACCAACGAUUCCGUCCUCAGCGACAGCUCCAAAUGCAGAGACCAUACAAGCCAAUCGACCCAAGGAGCCACGCCGCACUUCCUCUCGGAAAUCGUCCAUUGAUGAAGGACAAGUACGAAAGUCUUCAGAGAGCACGCAAAGCAGGGAAGCCAUUGAAGAGGCCGAACAAGCUGUUCGUGAUGCUCGAGAGUAUGUACUCGUAGAAAAGCGAGCUGUUGAAGUGAAUGCGUUUGCAGACGAGAUGGCUGCGAACCCGAGGUUGCAAGGUACCAAGCAGCAACCCGUACCAACACGAACAGGCCAAAUAUCCAGACGAGCAACAACACAAGGUUACCCAGCUUCAGCUACUGGUGCAGUACCUGCCUCACCUUCACGUGCUGUUCAGAUCGCACAAGGCAAGCCUAGAUCAGAUGUUGUACCACAACGACAGAAUUCGUUUGGGAAAUCUUAUGGUAGCCCAUCUGCGACAUCAGCCAUUGCCAAAGCCCUUCAUGGGGCAAGUGUAAGAGUAUUCGGAGUUGGAUGGUCUCCACAUCUGAUCGGCAAAGGCGUUUCACCUCCCCAGUUAUACAGCCCAUUCCCAGCUUAUCCAACUCCUGUUGGUCUGGGUCUAAUAGGCGAUUCGAGGCCAGCUGGACCAGUUGAUGAGGAUCAGAAGGCCGUUAACUACAUCGAAGAAUCGGCAACUAGGAGUGAUGUCGUGUACGGAUUUGCCGAAGUCAAGUACAAGCAGCUCAUUCCAAUGGCACCUUCUAUGGAUCACGGUCUUGGAGGUCCGGCUGCUGAUAAGUCCGGAGGCUCAAUCCAAGAUGACGAAGGUCUCACAACUGAAGCAAUUGUUGCUCUGUCUGAAGAGGCCCUCGUACUAUACGUGAAAGCUCUGUCACUACUUGCUAAGUCUAUGGACAUUGCAGGCGGUUGGUGGGCAAGAAAGUCACGAGGCGAAGUUCUUCCCGGAGGUCAAAUCAGAGCAGAAUCCGCUAGUAGUGUCUCUGCGGGUAACCGAAUCAACAGCGCAGUUCAGUGGGUUCGAAACCGUUUCAAUGAGGUCUUGGAGAAGGCUGAAGUUGUCCGGCUAAAGCUCCUUGAUGCUCAGAAGAAAUUACCUGAAGAUCAUCCAGGCCAUCCAAGCAAUCACACGAGUGCAUCAAGGAUUGCCGGUGCUUCGUCAACAGAUGGUGUUGUACUUAGCUCAGGUAUCACUGCCGAGAAGCUGAUGUAUGAUCGAGCAUUGGAGAUGAGUCGUUCUGCAGCAAUCAACGAAAUUGCAAACGAAGAUCUUCCAGGCUGCGAGAUCUCUUAUAUCACUGCUAUCAGAAUGCUGGAAGCAGUCCUUGAGAACGAUGAUGAUUCUGUCCCACAUCGACGACGAUCAUCAAGUCUCAGGGAAGAGAAGGUUACCAAGGAAGAGAAUGAUGGCACGGUCAAUGGUAUCUAUCUUGAAGAUAGACAAGCUGUUUUGAAAGUUGUAUCAAUGAUCCGUACACGCUUGUCGACUCUCAGAAAGAAGAUGGCAUUGAUCGCAAAGCAUCAAUCGCUUCCACCCUCCUCACCGCGACCUUCUAGCAUCACCCAUCAUUCUAGCGGUGGUACAACUCCAACCGUUGCCAACACCCCGCCUCAUUAGAUACGCUUGACGCAUUAUGACUUUACGUCUGCAAAAGAGAAAUAUAGCGACUUUCUCGACGAAAUGCCGUGCAGCCGGACUGGCUCCGGUACCCCGGCACCUUCUUUGAUUGCAAUGCAUAAUCAUACGGCGUUCUUCUACCCAAUUUGCUAUCCUCUUUCAAAUUCUCUGUUUAA